GGUGCACGUAGAUCUACGUGCAGCCACUGCACCAUCCGCGGGUCGAUAUUUCCCCGCCGUAAAGAAGAAGAGCUCUCUUCAUCAGUCGAGAAGCUCAAGCAAGUGAAAAUGGCGAAGAUAAACUACAAGAAACUUCAAGGCAGCCAAAACCUAAGGCUACGUCUUCUUCUCUCAACACUCUCCUCAACUCCAAUUCUCAUCGUCGACAUUCGAUCAAAUGAAACAAUCCCCGGCCUUCGUCCUCACGAAAUCUCUCUCCUACGACUCAUCGAAAAAGUCUGCGAUGAUUGUCAUGUUGAAAUUAAUGAAACUGGUACGAAAUUGAAGUAUAAGCCUGGUAUUGUGAUGGGUGGAAAGUAUUUGGUUCAUGAUUGUGGGUUGAGUCGUUCAAUUGGUUAUUUCUUGGAACCACUUGUGGUUUUAGGUUUGUUUGGGAAGAAGCCUCUUUCAAUUAGGCUCAAAGGUAUAACGAACGAUUCUAAGGAUCCAUCCAUUGAUACCUUCCGGUCAACUACCUUGAACAUUUUGAAACGCUUUGGAGUUCCUUCAGAAGGUCUGGAGCUGAAAAUUGAGAACCGUGGAGUACCCCCUCUGGGUGGUGGAGAAGUAGUUUUGUCAGUACCAAUUGUGCAUACUAGUUUAAUGGCAGUGAACUGGAUUGAUGAGGGAAUGGUUAAACGCAUCAGAGGGGUGUCUUUUUCUACUCGAGUAUCGGCUCAGUUUGAAAAUGCAAUUAUACAUGCUGCUCGUGGGAUUUUCAAUCGUUUGCUUCCUGAUGUCCAUAUCUUCACCGAUCACAAGGCUGGUGCACAAGCUGGAAAUUCCCCCGGCUUUGGUAUUUCACUGGUCGCUGAAACCACUUCUGGAUGCUACAUUUCUGUUGAUACUACUAUUUCUUAUCCACGAAAAGAGGAGACAGCUGAGAUUGAAGACGAUGAGAGGGCAGAUCUGAAGCCACCUGCGGAUGUUGGUGUGGAAAUUGCUUCUGCUUUACUUGGUGAAAUUGAGCAGGGGGGAGUGGUGGACUCCACACAUCAGGGGUUGUUAUAUAUUCUUUGUGCUUUGUGCCCUCAAGAUGUAUCUAAAAUCCGUGUAGGAAAACUUUCUCCCUAUGGAAUAGAAGCAUUGAGGCUGAUAAAAGAGUUUCUGAGUGUUACAUUUGCCAUCAAACCUGAUCCUUCAACAGGCACUGUCAUACUUAAAUGUGUGGGAUGUGGUUUGAAAAAUCUAUCGAGAAAGCUUUCAUGAUAUGUCCAUCUCUAUACAACUUUCUUCUCCGGUGGAACAUCCAAUUCAGCAUCGUUGCUUUUAUCUACCUGUGAAAGGAUGAUGAGUAUUUAAGUAACAUCGAGCUUUAUCUAUGAGUUUGACAAAUUUUGCAGGUGAUUGGAUUAUCGAUGGAGCCAGUUUUUGUCUUACCGAUUUUGACAUUUGUAGUUAGUGGUCGUUCUUUCUUAAAGCAAAUAGUGUAAUUCAGAGUCACAUUUAGGUUUGUAGUUUGCCUUUUACAGGAGAAACACGAAUGGUCAUUCAUGUACGCUAUAAUUGAAAUGUUAUUAUUUCUGGACACAUUCUAUUAUACAGAGUAAUUACAACC